AUGUUUUUAAGAAAAAUUGAAUAUAAAAAGGACAAGCAUAACCAAGAAUUAAAUUUUAUCCUAUAAAAAGAGGAAAAAAUUUUAUUCUUGAAAUGUCUACAGAAGUAAGGAAAAUUAGAAAAGGAUUAAUUUAUAAAUUUAGAAGUAUAAUAGCCAAAUCUCAGGGAAAGAAAAUGGAUAUUAUGAAGCAAAAAAUUAAAAUGGAGGAGAUUUAUGGAGAUUCCCUAAAUUACCUUCAUCAAAAGUUGGAAAAAAGAGAAGAAAAUAACCAAAUAAAAUUUUUUGA